AUGACAGUGAAGCUGGAUUUCGAGGAGUGUCUUAAGGACUCACCUCGCUUCCGGGCCUCUAUUGAGCUGGUGGAAGCUGAAGUGUCGGAACUGGAGACCCGACUGGAAAAGCUCCUCAAGUUAGGUAAUGGCCUCCUGGAAAGUGGGCGCCAUUACCUUGCUGCUGGCCAUGCCUUCAUUGUCGGCAUUUGUGAUCUGGCCCGCCUGGGUCCACCAGAGCCCAUGAUGGCGGAGUGUCUGGACAAAUUCACUGAGAGCCUGAACCAUAAGCUGGACAGCCACUCAGAGCUUCUAGAUGCCACCCAGCACACGCUGCAGCAGCAAAUCCAAACUCUGGUCAAGGAAGGUCUCCGGGGUUUUCGAGAGGCUCGUCGGGAUUUCUGGCGAGGUGCUGAGAGCCUGGAGGCUGCUCUUACCCACAACGCAGAGGUCCCCAGGCGCCGGGUCCAGGAGGCAGAAGAGGCAGUAGCUGCUUUGAAGACUGCUCGAGCUGGGUACCGGGGACGGGCACUGGAUUAUGCCCUGCAGAUCAAUGUGAUCGAGGACAAGAGGAAGUUUGACAUCAUGGAAUUCGUGAGUUGCAGUGGUGGUAAGGGCAAGGUGGGGAGGAGCCUGCUGAUGGAGAACAGGAGGGAAGAGGGAAGUACUGCAAGGUGUUUCCUCAGCUCUGCCCCCUGCCCACCUUGGCCCCAGGUGCUGCGUUUGGUGGAGGCCCAGGCUACACAUUUCCAGCAGGGCCACGAGGAGCUGAGCCGGCUGGCCCAAUAUCGCAAGGAUCUGGGUGCUCAGUUGCACCAGCUGGUUUUGAAUUCAGCUCGAGAGAAGAGGGACAUGGAGCAAAGACAUGUGCUACUGAAACAGAAGGAGCUGGGUGGGGAGGAGCCAGAGCCAAGUCUCAAAGAGGGGCCUGGUGGCCUGGUCAUGGAAGGACAUCUCUUCAAACGGGCCAGCAAUGCAUUUAAGACCUGGAGCAGACGCUGGUUCACUAUUCAGAGCAACCAACUGGUUUAUCAGAAGAAGUACAAGGACCCUGUGACUGUGGUGGUAGAUGACCUUCGUCUCUGCACAGUGAAGCUCUGCCCCGACUCAGAGAGGCGGUUCUGCUUUGAGGUGGUAUCUCCUAGCAAGUCCUGCCUUCUGCAGGCUGACUCAGAGCGCCUCCUACAGCUGUGGAUCAGUGCUGUGCAGAGCAGCAUUGCCACAGCCUUCAGCCAGGCUCACCUUGAUGAUAGACCUCGGGGUCCAGGCCAGGGCUCAGGACACCUGGUCAUGGGCUCUGCUGCCACCCUGGGCUCUGGCGGAAUGACUAGGGGAAGGGAAUCUGGCGGAGUGGGGCAUGUGGCAGCCCAGGUGCAGAGUGUGGAUGGCAAUGCCCAAUGUUGCGACUGCCGAGAACCAGCUCCUGAGUGGGCUAGCAUCAACCUUGGUGUCACCCUCUGCAUUCAGUGCUCCGGCAUCCACAGGAGCCUUGGAGUUCAUUUUUCCAAAGUUCGGUCUCUGACACUUGACUCGUGGGAGCCGGAACUAGUGAAGCUUAUGUGCGAGCUGGGAAAUGUAGUCAUCAACCAGAUCUAUGAGGCCCGUGUGGAGGCCAUGGCAGUGAAGAAGCCAGGGCCCAGCUGCUCCCGGCAGGAGAAGGAGGCCUGGAUUCAUGCCAAAUACGUGGAGAAGAAGUUCCUGACCAAGCUUCCUGAGAUUCGAGGGCGAAGAGGUGGUCGGGGGCCCCCAAGGGGGCACCCUCCUGUGCCCCCAAAGCCUUCCAUUAAGCCUCGGCCAGGGAGCUUGAGAUCCAAGCCAGGGUCGCCCUCUGAUGACCUGGGCAGCCUGCACCCUGGGGCCCUGCUGUUUCGAGCUGCUGGGCAUCCUCCAUCCCUCCCCACCAUGGCUGAUGCUCUCGCCCAUGGAGCUGAUGUCAACUGGGUCAACACGGGUCAGGAGAAUGCCACGCCACUGAUCCAGGCCACAGCUGCUAAUUCUCUACUGGCCUGUGAGUUUCUCCUCCAGAAUGGGGCGAAUGUGAACCAAGCAGACAGCCAUGGCCGGGGCCCGCUCCACCACGCAACCAUCCUUGGCCACACUGGACUGGCCUGCCUGUUCCUGAAACGGGGAGCUGACCUGGGAGCUAAGGACUCUGAAGGCAGGGACCCUCUGACCAUCGCCAUGGAAACAGCCAAUGCUGACAUCGUCACCCUGCUUCGAUUAGCAAAGAUGAGAGAGGCGGAAGCAGCCCAGGGCCAGGGAGGAGAUGAGACAUAUCUUGACAUCUUCCGUGACUUCUCCCUUAUGGCAUCGGACGACCCGGAGAAGCUGAGCCGGCGUACUCAUGACCUCCACACGCUUUGAUUCCAGGCCUUUGAGGGCCCGAGACACCCACCCUUUCUAACCCACGGCCCACCCUGUGGCCAUUAAAGCCUUUGUGCUUUGGCCCCGCUGGUGUGGCUCAGUGGUUGAGCAUGGACCAAUGCACCAAGAGGUCACUGGAUCGAUCCUCAGUCAGGGCACAUGCCCAGGUAGUGGGCCAA